CACCCUUUUUUCAGUCCCAACUACCUGGUCCGCACGAUCUUUCACGAGCAUUCUGAGUCUCAACUUUGCAGUAAGAUGGUAGAAAAUGGAAAGCCAGAGAGCAAAGAUUUUGUGUUUUUUUAAUGCAUUGAAUGGAGAGUAGUUCUUUGAGCACUCUGUUAUUCACCUUUUCUUUCCUGUGGGCUGCUUGCCGGCCUUCCCCUCCCCCUCCAACCUGAAUGCCUGUCUGCUGGAAAAGGCGCGAUUGCUUCUCUUCCUCUUCUGCCCAGGACCAGGCUCUAAGGUCUGAUGCCCCAUUUAGCCACACACACACCACACUAAGCCUUCUUGAGGUUCUUGCACUCAUCAGUUCCUCUGGACAGUUCUUGCCAUAACCUCAUUUGUCAGACAAAGGCUUAGGAGGGAAAAAGGACCAAACUGCUUCCUGUGUUUGCCAUUUUAAUGCUGUCCAUCCCCACACACCCAAUUCCCAUUCCUGAUGCUUCUCAUGUCUAUGUCUUGAACCUUCAAAAUGGAAAGGAAAAAAAAAAAUGCCUCUGGGUAGCUGGAUACAGUUUCUUCAUAAAUCUGCAUUGUUGCUUCUGGUUUAUGGCCAUGAAGAAAAUACCAGCCCGCACCCAAAAUGCACCGCAGCCAAGGCGGCUAAAGACGAUGAGUGUUGGAGUCAGUAGGGGGCGCAUUCUCUGCACUGGGUAAGGCUGCAGAGGGGGGAAGGGCCCCUGAGCUAGAGCAGGAUGUGCUUCACAGCGCCUUCUACAGACCAUGGGAAAAUGGGCCCAGCAAGACACACACUCGCACUCCUAGUUGGUGUGCUGACAGCAACACUGCAAAGGAUUAAGUGAGUCAAGAGCAGUGAUUUUACUUUUGAAGACUCCACCCAACAUCUUAAAAGUUUUGUGUUUGGGACUUUUUCAAAAACUGUUGACCCUCAGACAAUCCACAUUUGUUCUUGGCACAUCCAUGGCACACAGAUUUCCCCUUCUUGGAUUUCUGAAUUCUUCCACCUUAAACUUUGAAUGUUUCACAGUAUCUUUUCCAAGGUCAGGUGGUAAAAGGGAAAGUUUAAAACCUAAGAGUAAGGGGUUGGGAGUAUUUUUGAUAUCUCCCUUCUUCAUAGCCCAAAUCUUUCCAACUCUUUGAGAGUUAAAUUUGUUCUUCAGGGAUGUUAGAUUUUAGUGGGAUAGUAAUUUUCAAAGGCUUCUAGUUGGGUAUCAUGAUUUGCAAAGCCUUGUUGGUAAACAUCAAACCCAUGUGGAGUUCUUCAUUGUCAACACUCAGAGUUGAUUGCAAAUUUUUGUUUCCUUCCAACUUUGGACUCUUAAUUGCAUUCAUUAUCUCAGUAACCAACCAUCUUUGCAAAAGCAUUGACACCAGUCUUCUUGUGAGUGCCCACCUUCAACACACCUUCUUAGGGUGUGUUGAUUUCUAUAGAUUUUACUCCUUUUGUUAUUUCCAUAGGUGUGAGAUGCACAAUGCGAAACCUAGGCCCCAGCUUUUGCACCAUGAUGCACAGGGUUGUAUUUUUUGUACUGAACUGAUAGGUGGCCUAGUGGUUAUGCCAUGUACUACCAUUUUGAGGAUCUGGACUCCGUUUCCUGCCUUGCUUUUUGGACCACAUUGUCAAUUCACACCGGAAAACUUGCUGGAGCUCUUAGAAAGCAUGUAUUCUACAGAGUUUCAAAGGUUUCCUGAUUUUGACACUCGAAAAAAAAAAGAAACUAUGUUCCAACUUCCUGUCAACAAUCUUGGCAGUUUAAGAAAAGCCCGGAAAACUGUGAAAAAAAUACUUAGUGACAUUGGGUUGGAAUACUGUAAAGAACAUAUAGAAGAUUUUAAACAGUUUGAACCUAAUGACUUUUAUUUGAAAAACACUACUUGGGAGGAUGUAGGACUGUGGGACCCUUCACUUACAAAAAAUCAGGACUAUCGGACAAAACCUUUUUGCUGCAGUGCUUGUCCAUUUUCCUCAAAAUUUUUUUCUGCCUACAAAAGUCAUUUCCGGAAUGUCCAUAGUGAAGACUUUGAAAAUCGGAUUCUCCUUAAUUGUCCCUACUGUACCUUCAAUGCAGACAAAAAGACUUUGGAAACACACAUUAAAAUAUUUCAUGCUCCAAAUGCCAGCGCACCAAGUAGCAGCCUCAGCACUUUCAAAGAUAAAAACAAAAACGAUAGCCUUAAACCUAAGCAGGCUGACAGCGUAGAGCAAGCUGUUUAUUACUGUAAGAAGUGCACUUACCGUGAUCCUCUUUAUGAAAUAGUUAGGAAGCACAUUUACAGGGAACAUUUUCAACAUGUGGCAGCACCUUACAUAGCAAAGGCAGGUGAAAAAUCACUCAACGGUGCAGUCCCCUUAGGCUCAAAUGCCCGGGAAGAGGGCAGUAUUCACUGCAAGCGAUGCCUUUUCAUGCCGAAGUCCUAUGAGGCUUUGGUACAACAUGUCAUUGAAGACCACGAACGCAUAGGCUAUCAGGUCACUGCUAUGAUUGGGCACACAAAUGUGGUGGUCCCCCGAUCCAAACCCUUGAUGCUAAUUGCUCCCAAACCUCAAGAGAAGAAGGGCAUGGGACUCCCACCAAGAAUUGGUUCCCUCGCUUCUGGAAAUGUCCGGUCUUUACCAUCACAGCAGAUGGUGAAUCGACUUUCAAUACCAAAGCCUAACUUAAAUUCUACAGGAGUCAACAUGAUGUCUAAUGUUCACCUACAGCAGAACAACUAUGGAGUCAAAUCUGUAGGCCAGGGCUAUGGUGUUGGUCAGUCAAUGAGACUGGGUCUAGGUGGCAAUGCACCAGUUUCCAUUCCUCAACAGUCUCAGUCUGUGAAACAGUUACUUCCAAGUGGAAAUGGAAGAUCUUAUGGGCUUGGGUCAGAGCAGAGGUCUCAGGCUCCAGCAAGAUACUCCCUUCAGUCUGCUAAUGCCUCUUCUCUCUCAUCCAGCCAAUUAAAGUCUCCUUCCCUCUCCCAGGCGCAAGCAUCAAGAGUAUUAAGUCAGUCCAGUUCCAAACCUGCAGCUGCCACAGGCCCUCCCCCAAUCAAUACUUCCUCAACCCAAAAGUGGAAAAUAUGUACAAUCUGUAAUGAGCUUUUUCCUGAAAAUGUCUAUAGUGUACACUUCGAAAAAGAACAUAAAGCUGAGAAGGUCCCAGCAGUAGCCAACUAUAUUAUGAAAAUACACAAUUUUACUAGCAAAUGCCUCUACUGUAAUCGCUAUUUGCCUACAGAUACCCUACUCAACCACAUGUUAAUUCAUGGUCUGUCUUGUCCAUACUGCCGCUCAACUUUUAACGAUGUGGAAAAGAUGGCAGCACACAUGCGAAUGGUUCAUAUUGAUGAAGAGAUGGGACCUAAGACAGAUUCUACUUUGAGUUUUGAUUUGACAUUGCAGCAGGGCAGUCACACUAACAUCCAUCUCCUCGUAACCACAUACAACCUGAGAGAUGCCCCAGCUGAAUCUGUUGCUUACCAUGCCCAAAAUAAUCCUCCAGUCCCUUCAAAGCCACAACCAAAAGUCCAGGAGAAGGCAGAUAUCCCUGUUAAAAGUUCACCGCAAGCUGCAGUGCCCUAUAAAAAAGAUAUUGGGAAAACUCUUUGCCCUCUUUGCUUUUCAAUCCUUAAAGGACCCAUAUCUGAUGCACUUGCACAUCACUUACGUGAGAGGCACCAAGUGAUUCAGACAGUUCAUCCGGUUGAGAAAAAGCUCACCUACAAAUGCAUCCAUUGCCUUGGUGUGUAUACUAGCAACAUGACCGCCUCGACUAUCACACUGCACCUGGUUCACUGCAGGGGUGUUGGAAAGACCCAAAAUGGCCAGGAUAAGACAAAUGCACCCUCUCGGCUUAAUCAGUCCCCAGGUCUGGCACCUGUGAAGCGCACUUAUGAGCAAGUGGAAUAUCCCCUGCUGAAAAAGCGAAAGUUAGAUGAUGAUAUCGAAUCACCCACCUUCUUUGAAGAGAAGCCUGAAGAGCCUGUUGUUUUAGCUUUAGACCCCAAGGGUCAUGAAGAUGAUUCCUAUGAAGCCAGGAAAAGCUUUCUAACAAAGUAUUUCAACAAACAGCCCUAUCCCACCAGGAGAGAAAUUGAGAAGCUGGCGGCCAGUUUAUGGCUGUGGAAGAGUGACAUUGCUUCUCAUUUUAGUAACAAAAGGAAGAAGUGUGUCCGAGAUUGUGAAAAGUACAAGCCUGGUGUAUUGCUGGGCUUUAACAUGAAAGAAUUAAAUAAAGUCAAACAUGAGAUGGAUUUUGAUGCUGAAUGGCUAUUUGAAAAUCAUGAUGAGAAGGAUUCCAGAGUCAAUGCUAGUAAAACUGCCGACAAAAAACUCAACCUUGGGAAGGAAGAUGACAGUUCCUCAGACAGUUUUGAAAAUUUGGAAGAAGAGUCCAAUGGAAGUGGUAGCCCUUUUGACCCUGUUUUUGAAGUUGAGCCUAAAAUUCCUAAUGAUAACCCAGAGGAACAUAGACCUAAAGUAUGCCCUGAGGAUGCUUUAGAACCUGAGAAGUUAGACCAAAAAGAGGAUAGUUCAAAAUAUGAAACUAUUCAUUUGACUGAGGAACCAACCAAACUAAUGCAUGAUGCUUCAGAUAGUGAGGUUGACCAAGAUGAUGUUGUUGAAUGGAAAGAUGGUGCUUCUCCAUCUGAGAGUGGGCCUGGUUCCCAACAGGUGUCAGACUUUGAGGAUAACACAUGUGAAAUGAAACCAGGAACCUGGUCCGAUGAGUCUUCCCAGAGUGAAGAUGUGAGGAGCAGUAAACCAGCUGUCAAAAAAAAGGCUACCAGGCAAGGCGACAGAGAACAGUUGAAAUGGAAGAAUAGUUCCUAUGGAAAAGUUGAAGGGUUUUGGUCCAAGGACCAGUCACAGUGGAAAAAUGCAUCUGAAAAUGAUGAGCGCUUAUCCAACCCACCGAUUGAGUGGCAGAAUAGCACAAUUGACAGUGAGGACGGGGAGCAAUUUGACAACAUGACUGAUGGGGUAGCUGAGCCGAUGCACGGCAGCUUAACUGGAGUCAAACUGAGCAGCCAGCAGGCAUAAGUUCCAGGUUCCCUUGCACUGGUAACAUGCUGCAGCCUGGAACUCUUCUCUCCUUUCAGUAUGACUGCAAAGCUAUAUCCUAACUGGUACUGCCUUUUUAGUGCUGGGUCAUAAGACUUGUGUGGAUAUGUGGCUGCUGCAAGUCCAGUGGUUAUUUCUAAGUAUAUGACACAUUGAUCUUGCUUCAGAACCUGCUGUGACAAACACAGUAACUAAAUGUGAAAGACCAAUAAGCUGGUGGCUCAUGAACGCACAUGAGGAAAAGCAGAGGUUUAUUUUAUCUGCUUUUUCAGCAUUUCUUUCUCUCUGUAAAUGGUUGGCUGUCUUUGAGAAGUGUUACCCUCCUUCACAUGGUAGGAUAGGGCCAACAUACAAGCUACCAGUUCAAUGUGUAUAAGUAGACUUUGGGAAAAUUUUUUUUUUUUUCAUGUAUUCAUUCUGAAUAGUUGAAAUGUAUAUUUGUACAGUCUUUUAGACCUAUUCAAGUGAUGCUUAUGAUAUUGUUAUUGUGAACCCAUCAUAGAUUUCUUUCUUUUUUUAGUGUUGCCCUUGCUGUGUAAUAAACGCUCUAUCUAGUUUUACCUAGCAAAAGCUUGAAACUGCGCUAGUAUGGACUUUUGGACAGACUUAGUUUUUGCACAUAACCUUGUACAAUCUUGCAACAGAGGCCAGCCACGUAAAAUAUAUAUCUGGACUCUCUUGUAUUAUAGAAUUUUUCUUGUUCUGAAUAUCCUUGACAUUACAGCUGACAAAAAACAAACUGGUAUUUCAGAUUCUGUUUUCUGAAAUCUUUUAAGCUAAAAUCACAUGCAAGAAUUGACUUUGCAUCUACUAAUUUUGACACCUUUUAAAUCUGUAUAAAAGCGUGUUGUGUUGAAGCAGCAAACCUUCAAUGAGUGCUGCAUUUGGAAUAUUUAGUUUUAUCUUUAGUUAAACACCACCUGGUGUAUUCAUUUAUACCAUCUAAUAUAUGACACAUCGUUGUAGUAUGUAUAAUUUUGUGAUCUUUAUUUCCCUUUGUAUUCAUUUUAAACAUCUAAAUAAAUUGCUGUAUUGUGCUUAAUGUAAAUAUUUGCUUUAUUAUACAUGAUAGUCUUGUGUCCAUUUGAUGCUAUGGCUCUUUCUCAUCAGAGAUGGAAGUCAGUCAACAAGGAAACUUGUGGAAAACCAAGACCUGCCAUUUGCAGAAAGAAUGCUUUCUCUUGAGGUACCUGUUAGGAAUUCUUUUGGUUACCCCUGCCUCCCCACCACCUCCCCCCCAAAAAAAACCUGCUAAAAUAAAACAUCCUUGAGCUUUUCGGUUCCCCUUUUGUUCAAGAGAAGAGUCUGCCUGCUUAUAUAUGUAAAUGUCUCAAUGAUAAAAGGAUGUAAAUGGAAGUUAGUAUUAAUUUGCCAGCAGAAACUUAAUGCCCUGGUGGUCUUUCUUCUAAAUGAAGUAAAUGUUAGCUUUUGCUUUAUAAUGGAACAAUUGUACUAAAUAGGCAACCAUUCUCUGCCUUUGUUAUAAUUCUCUUGACCAUCUUGCUAUUAAGAAAAAGAGGCUUUGGAGAUCACACAUUUGGAAGGUUUUCAAGAUGGAAGGAGGUGAUAUAUUUAUUCUGCAUAGAUUCUCAAGAGCGACUGGUACUAAAGAGCAGAACGUUACAAGGAGGCAGAAUUAGGCCAACAUUUUUAGCAAUUAUAACAGUAAUGGGGUGCUCUAAUCCAUGCAGAGGAUGAUCAGUCACCUCUCAGGGACACUGACCUAAAGAAGUCUGAAGUAGUUGAUUUCUAUAACAUCUAAGACCCUUUUCAGAAGAUCUGUUAAUGCUUUUGUUACCUGAAAAUAGAACUCUCACUAACCUCCCCCUAAAAUAUUAUGUUACGCUUCUCAGAAGCAAAUCAGGAGAAAGUGCUUAGAAUAGACUGGAACCUUUAGGGUAUCUGGGUCUGGCAUGGAGCUAUUUUAAGUCGAUUAUACAGGAAAAAGAUAAAUUCUAUGGAGAUCAGCUAAUUUUGAGGGACUAGAUGUCCCCAAAUUAAGAUGUUACAGAUUACCAAAUAAGGAAAAAUAUGGCAUUGAGAGGUCUGUUUCUCUCGCUUUAGGAUAGUAAUAGCUGAAUUUAAGCCAUCUCUCAUUGUUUGGAAAUUACUCGGCCUUUAAUUAUAUCAGGUGAGAAGAGCUUAGCUUGGAUUUUUAGAGGAGUCCUACAUGGAGGACUAAUGAGACUUGUGCAAAGUAGUAGGAUUGAAAUACAUUCUUAGUUGGACAUUGAACAGAGACAGUUGAGUACACUUCCUCACCACCUUGCUGAAGUGGUGGGAAUGUGUGUUUUUAACAUUCAGAAAAGGGUUGUGCCACUUAAGAGUUGGAAAUAAAAAUAAUUCCCAACUGGAAAUGUUGCAGAAGCCCUAAGAGUGUCUCAAUAAAAGCCAUUUUAAAAUGAUGCCGUUGCUACUCUUUGCUUUUGGAAUAAUCUGGAAAUCACUUAAAAGCUGUGGCAAGUUGCCACCUUCGAAUUAGAGAAUGUCUAGAAUGUCUGUAACUGUAGAAGAAGCAAUUCUGUAGAUCUUGGUUCUAACAUGGCAGAACAUAAUUAUUUAUUUCACAGAGCUUUUCUUUUUGGCUUUCUUGUGUUCUUGUGGCAAUGAGUUCCAGAGCCAAACUGGCUAGGAUUGUGGUUUCUUUAACUUUUCAGCACAUAGAAACAUUUUCCCCCGGAGUUGAGGUAAAGAGAGAUGUCUCUCUCUCUCAAACAGCUGUUUGUCGCCUCCAAGCAGAAAAGGAUCUGCCAUUUCUAGUGCCCUGCACUUGUGUGUCUAUUUGGUCCAAGUGCCUGCCCAUUUGGAAAGAUGCACACCACUUCAGAAAUGAAGAAAAUGUGGCAGAUUCAAGAACUUCUUGAGAAACCUUAAAGACUGAAGAAUGAAUGCGCUGUCUGAAACACUACAGUAGAAGGGAUUAAACGUGAGUAAAGUGGUUCCACAACCUUGACCUCAGACUGGGACCCAAAAACCAUCUCCACAGGAUUCUAGUCCUCUGAAGUUUCAGAUUCACUUAGUCUGAGUGAUGGAAAAUCUCCUUUGCUUAAGGAAAUUCAGUAUUACAUACUGAAUAUGUGGACUUUACAGAGCAUCAGGUCAGCUUUCUGCCCCCGCCAUGGGCAAUGGUUUUUACUACUCAUUGUGACCUUAUUUCUAACCCCAGCUUGCCGCUCAUUGAGUGGGUACCAACUGCAGACAUGUUUCACCUAGGUAUCACCUUCAUGUAGGAAAUCUCAAAGUGAUAAACUCCCAGAAGACUGGAAAGAUGAUGAAGACACCGUUCCUACAUUCUGAAAAGGCCUCCAGUUGGUCACCAUGAGGUAAUCUAGGAAGAUAAUAUAGCUGAGACAAGGAAUCUUGACUGUCAAGUUUUAAAAUAUAAAAGCAUUUCUACCAAUAGCUACUAGAAGGCUGGAUUGAAAAUGGAUCCAAACUUGCACCAAAGGAGGGUCACCACUUGAUAAUUCUUUACAUCUUGCUACUUCCCAGCAACUUACCCCACUUUAAAUAAUAUUGUAACUUGAAUAUUCACUAUAAUUAGAAUAUAAUGGAAUUGCAAUUUAGAUGGGGAUUAUGUUUGGAAGCAUAUAAAGUGAAAGUUGCAUAUAGCCAAAAUUAUCCCCCGAAGAUCUGUAAGUCAUGAUUAAGUCAUGAUUUCAAAGUGCUCCAAGUAAGAGGAGGACAGAACUAUAAUCAUCUCCAGGACAGAUGCUCUGAAUGGAAUAAAGGACGGAAUCUUCUGCACUAUUUAAAUGAGUUGGGGUGUGUGUGUGUUGUGUGUGUGUGUGUUUGAGUCCAGUGUUCCUGCAUACAUGUUGCAAACCCACCUUGGCACCAUCUGGCCUCGUCACAAAGGUGUGAGGCCAUUUAAACCUAAAGAAAUGAUUUUUACAAUGGUGUUACCUUUGUUGAUGUCUAUCAUUAUCAUGGAAAUAAAACGGGUAUCUUAAGGAAAUUGGGCACCUUUUGGAAACUGACCAAACAGGCAGCAAGCUUCCUACUAGAAAUAAAAGGGCUUUUCCAACGUACUUAAUGUAAGCGCUAUUCUGGUUGCCAUCUAGAUUGGCGCAGAAUGUGACAGCGUGUACGUGAAGCAGCCUUCUGGGAGUCUAGGAAUGAAAAAUAAAAACCCUGCCUUGGAGGCGACCAAGGAAGAGGAGAGGACAGUGCAUGACUUGCAUGUUGCCACUCACUCUGCCAGCAAAGCUGUAUCAUCAUCCCUGGGAAAAGGGAGGUACACAAGGCUGAAACAACUCUGUGCUUCAUGGAGGAAGCUCCAGGCAAGGGACUACACUUUCCUUGGGAGUGCGGUAUUUUUCCUAAAAAACAUCCAAAGCACAUCAUGAAUACAUAUCACUCAACUAUUUUCAGAACAUCACUGAAAUGUAGCUCCUGGGACUAGUUGUAGGGCACUAGAUUCCAACAUAAUCUGAUUACUCAAAACAAUCCUGCUCCAUCCUACCCCCAAAAAGGAGUUCCUGCAAAGGGAGUAUUAGUUCCAGGUUUCAGGUGCAGACAUGAAGGCUUGGAGAAGCUAAAUGACUUGUCCAGGAUCCCAGAAGGCAAAGAGGAGAUGCUGACUCAGGUUAUCUCGUUCCAUAGCCACUGCUAUUCCCAAUUAUACCAUGCAUUCUUGACCCUGACUUAAAGACUAGCCUUAAAAGAAAAACCUCUCCUUCGAUGAAUGCAAAGCCCUGUGAACCCUAGUCUCUAAGCCAAAACAUUGUACUUUGGCACAGUGUUUCCAGACUAUACUCAUUCACACUGCCAUCGUCAUGAUUUUUACUUUAGUAUGUUUCAACUCUUCUUUUCAUAAAAGGAAAGCUAUCACUACAAAAAAGGAAAACCACUAUAAUUUGCCAUUAGUAGAAGGAAACCAUAUAAAUAAAUACAAGAAAAAACUUGACUAAA